CACACACACACACACACACACACACAUACAUGAAAAAGCAUUAGUAGCUCAGUGAAGAAAAGUUAUUCUUGCAGCUGUGAAGUCUUUGCGCUGGAUAACAAGAAACAAGACCUGCCUGUGCAUCUUCUGCUGAGGAUGACAUUUCAUUGUAUGUAUUACGAGACAUAGUUUAACUACACUUUUCAAGUGAUGCCAGGAAUUCUCUUGGACAUUUUACACAUGGAGCUGUACGUCUGGCUGCAUUAAGUUUGUACUUUCUUUACAGAUGCUUACCAAGAAAGGGUGACUUAAUGCCUAGGAAUUAUGAUUGUUUUUUCCUUAUACGGUAUCUGUGGAAUGCUAUGGGUCUCUGAAAAAAAUGUUCUCUAUCAUCUUCUGUGUUUGGAAUUUUUGAAAACAUAUCUAAGUAAGAAGUUACAGAACCAAAGCAAGAGAAUUACUUGAAUGUAACCUCACUAAUACAAGUAAAAUCUGUUUAUUGCAUCAUGUAGAUGCAAUGUGGAACAUUCCCUAAUGCUUAGGUCUGAAAGAAAUCAGCAAACAUUAUUUUGAAAUUAGAUCCUGUUAGUUAAGAUUGCUUUAAAUUUCACUGUACUGUUUUUUUCACUGGACCAUUGAGAAAUACCAUCCAAACUUUAACUGAAGAGGCAGCAUCCCUUCUAAAUAUCCUUACCAAGCUUUAGUUCACAAGUGACUAUAUUCUUGAGCUCAUGAUUUGAAGAUGCCAUAUUAAAAAGUGCGCAAAAUAAUUUUUCUAUAGUAUGAUGUCAAUAUGCUCGCAAGAAAAAGCAUCAUACCUGAUGAAUUAUUUCUGGCAAGUAUAGCUGCUGAAAGUGUUCGCACGCCUCGCUGCCAAGAACGACAGCGCAAGGCUCGAUUUAUUGCCAAAAGUGGAGCCUGCAAUGUGUCUCACAAGAACAUCCGGGAGCAAGGCAGAUUCCUUCAGGAUAUCUUCACCACACUGGUGGAUCUAAAAUGGCGUUACACCCUUGUCAUCUUCACCAUGUCUUUUCUCUGCAGCUGGCUGCUUUUUGCUAUGAUAUGGUGGUUAGUAGCCUUUGCACAUGGAGAUCUGCAAGUUAGUUCUGAAGUCAUGCAGUCAUGUGUGACUAGUGGAGAUGUGAAACUUAGCCCUGAGUCUGCACCUCCUUGUGUGACUAAUGUCAGGUCCUUCACAUCUGCCUUUCUUUUCUCCAUUGAGGUUCAGGUUACCAUUGGCUUUGGUGGCAGGAUGAUUACAGAGGAAUGCCCCACGGCAAUUGUAGUUCUUAUUCUGCAGAACCUAUCAGGCCUCAUCAUCAAUGCAGUCAUGCUAGGGUGCAUUUUUAUGAAAACAGCACAGGCUCAUAGAAGGGCUGAGACUUUGAUCUUCAGUCGGCAUGCAGUUAUUGCAUUACGGAACAGCAAGCUUUGUUUCAUGAUCCGAGUUGGGGAUUUACGCAAAAGCAUGAUUAUUAGUGCUUCUGUGCGAAUGCAGGUCGUGAAGAAAACUGUUACACCUGAGGGUGAAGUUAUCCCAAUUCACCAGAUUGACAUCCAAAUGGAAAAUCCCAUUGAAAGCAACAAUGUAUUCUUGGUUGCUCCCUUGAUCAUCUGCCAUGUAAUUGAUAAGAACAGCCCUCUGUAUGAAAUUUCUGCUGAUGAAUUGCAAAGUCAGGACCUUGAAAUUGCUGUAAUUCUUGAAGGAGUAGUAGAGACUACAGGUAUCACUACUCAGGCAAGAACAUCCUACAUAGCAGAAGAGAUCCUCUGGGGUCAUCGUUUUGUACCUAUUGUAACAGAAGAAGAGGGUGUAUACUCCGUUGAUUACUCCAAAUUUGGUAACACAAUCAAAGUAGCAGCUCCACGGUGUAGCGCUAGAGAAAUGGACGAGAAGCCCUCUAUACUGAUACAGACCCUUCAAAGGAGUGAGCUCUCACAUCAAAACUCUUUAAGAAAACGCAACUCCAUGAGGAGGAACAACUCAAUGAGAAGAAACAACUCCAUGAGAAGAAACAACUCCUCCCUUUCAAUGCAUAAAGUACAAUUUAUUACUCCAGAUUCCAAUGCAAACUCACCUGGAACAUGACACCAUCUGCUGUCAUCUGUUUUUUCAAUACAAAACAAGGCCUUUGUGCUAUGUUUUAAUUUUCCUUCUAAUUAACACACUCAUAAUUAUUUUUUGUGAUGUGAUUAUUUAUUCAUAUACUUUGAAAGCACUGUUUGUAAGUAAAAUAUGAAUCAUGUCACUGAGAAAAAGGUAUUAUUUGUGUUUAGGAGAUUGUAACUUGUUUGUGACUUUCAUAACUUGGUGGGAUUUUUUAAGUCAACAGAAAUGCAAUUCUGCUGGGCUUCAGAAUAUUCUGACAAAAUGAUGAAGUUAAACUGUUUACAUAAAACACUUUUGACAACUGAAAAUUGGAAAACUUUUUUGAAGUUUACAACACCUCAUAAAGAAUUAAUAUAUCUUUCAGAAUUAAAUAUUUUAUUUACUGAAGACUUAUGAUACACAUUUCAGAAGUCCAGCUACCAUUCUGUGUGGCUACACUUAAUUCUUUCAUAUGCGUGUCUUUUAAACACAACUAGUAAGUUUAAUAUGCAGUACACAUAUUCUGCAGUCUUGCUAUUUAAACUUCAUAGAAUGCUAGAUCUCUUUACAAAAUGGAAUCAGGUUUUUCAUUUCUGUAAAUUAGAUACCUAAGCUGCUGAUAAUUACAUUGUGCAUAAAUGUUCACUAAAGCUGCUAUUCAGUAAAUUUUACAUGACAGUCCACAGGGAAAAAAAUUAGCUGGGUUUUGAUUUACUGCACUGAACUAUGAGGUCACGUUUGUGCUAACAGGAAAAUGACACAAUAAAUUGGUAGAUAUGGCUC